AUGCCUUGUAGUGUUUGCGUUUGGUUUCUCAUCACUGAACAUCAUGUUUAUUGCUAUAAGUUCUCUAUUCCUGUCAGCAAAUACAUUGGCAAUUUUCGGAAUUGCAUAGUUCUCGUGUUCUCAUCUUUAGAUCGCGAAAAAAAUAUGCAAAAUCGGCAGCAGCUUGAAGGUCAAUUAACAGAGAACAAAUUGGUGAAGACUGAACUUGAUCUUUUAGAAGACGAUGCGAAAGUGUUUAAAUUGAUUGGUCCUGUACUGGUUAAGCAAGAUAUUGUAGAAGCAAAGCAGAAUGUUGAAAAACGUUUAAACUAUAUUACAGCAGAAAUGUAUGAUUUGCCAUAUUUAGUUCUUAGUUUUUGA